CACGCGCUCCGUGCUGUCACCAACACCAUCGCACGCUCUGCUGACAGAUCAUAAGUUGCUUUUUCGCGGAACGAACCAGGCAGUGUUUCCGUGAAUCGCAGGUUGUUUUUUCCUCACUUGAUGCGUAGUUAAAGUUGCUCGGUGCAAUCAUGAGCGUGAGUAAAACAAUCACCGAAACGGUUACCAACAGCAAAACGGCAUCGGCGGUGAUCGGGGCUCAGGCGCCACCUGCAGCCAGCGCGACGAUGCCCGUACAGCGCCCAUAUGGGAAGAUUGUGCUCACGCUCGAAAACUGUCUGCUUCCGGAAGUGAAGCUCGACCAAACCCCAUCCCAGAACGAUGGGCUAGAUCGGGAGACGGAAACGGAUCUGCGUAUUCUGGGCUGUGAGCUGAUCCAGACGGCGGGGAUACUGCUAAAGUUGCCUCAGGUUGCCAUGGCGACCGGGCAGGUUCUAUUCCAGCGGUUCUUUUACUCGAAGUCGUUCGUGCGUCACAGCAUGGAGGCUACGGCGAUGAGCUGCAUCUGUCUGGCGUCCAAGAUCGAGGAAGCGCCACGGCGGAUACGGGACGUGAUAAACGUCUUUCACCAUAUCAAGCAGGUCCGCAGCCAAAAGCCCAUGAUACCGAUGAUACUGGACCAGCACUACAUCAAUCUAAAGUCGCAGGUCAUCAAGGCGGAGCGGCGCGUGCUGAAGGAACUGGGCUUCUGCGUGCACGUGAAGCACCCGCACAAGCUGAUCGUGAUGUACCUGAAGUAUCUGGAGCUGGAAAAGCACCAGAACAUGAUGCAGAUGGCGUGGAACUUCAUGAACGACUCGUUCCGGACGGAUGUGUUCGUGCGGUACCAGCCGGAAACGAUCGCGUGCGCCUGCAUCUAUUUGACCGCGCGCAAGCACAACAUUCCACUGCCGAACAGUCCACCGUGGUUUGUGAUAUUUCGCGUCAGCGAGGACGACAUGCUGGACGUUUGCUAUCGCAUCAUGGCAUUGUACAAGCGGGGCAAACCGAACGCGGAGCAGCUGGAGGAGGCGGUCGAAGCUUUAAAGAAGAAGUACCAGGAGCAGCGCAAAAAGGAUCGCCCGGAGGCUAGCGCAGUGGCGGCACCGACGGUAAUCACGGUCGAUCGGAACAAUGGGUCGCACAACGCUUGGGGAGGGUUCAUUCAGCGGGCUAUGCCAUUGCCGUUGAACUCUUCUGGUAAUACGGGCACCACGAACAGCGGCGGAAGCAACACGGCAGCGGCAGCGAUUGGUGGUGUGGCUAACAGUGGAAGCAACGCGAACAGUGGCACCACCGGGUUGAACAAUAACGAACCGGAUGCUGCAGCAGGAUCGUUGGCCGAUGGGAAAAAGUCGCGGUCCCGAUCGAAAUCGUUAUCGAAAUCAUCCCGUUCGAAGUCGCGCUCCCGUUCGGGGUCGCGUUCCGUAUCGAGGUCUCGGUCUCGCGGGUCACGGUCCCGCUCGCGCACAUCCCACUCACGCUCAAGGUCCAAAACGCGCACCUCAAGGUCACGGUCGCGAAGCAUUGCGUCACGCUCACGGUCGCGAUCCCGAUCGCCACACUCGCCUCACUAUUCCACCGAAAAGGGUGGCUCGAGACGGACAUCGAAAAAAUCGCGACACCGCUCGAGAACACCGGUAAAGGUUUCGUCCUCCGCCAAGAAGAAAUCUUCUCGCCACUACUCAUCCCGUUCCCCGUCGCCUGAUUCGCCCCAGAAGUACAAAAAGAGUUCUAGUGAUAAAAAGUACGAUCGUCGGUCUGGCAGAGAGGACAGAAACAACGACAAUCGGUACACCAACGGUUCCGACCGUGAUCGUGACCGUUCGAAAGGGAUGAGCAACUCGAUGGACCACUCCAGGUCAAAUCGAGACCGCGACAACAGAGAUCGGAUGCGAUCGGACAGUGGCAAGGUAGGUAGCGGCGGUGGAUACGAUCGGGACGAUUACAGACGUAGCGAGAAAGAUUAUCGAGGCAAUGGGAAGCAUGAUAAAUAUGGCUCUAGUCGCCAUAGUGAUAGUAGCAGUCGGCACCGAUCGUCCAAGCACGAGCGCGAACGAUCGCGUGACCGUGAUCGGGACCGCCGUCGAUAGGAGCAACAGAAGCGAGUAGGACGGUACCCGAUCAUACCACAAUCGGUACGAACUUAUGCUGCCAUGUACGUACGAUAACUUACUCCCCCGUUUCGUUCGACUACUCCCACUAGCGGACCGAUUACAAUAAGUUAAAAAAAACCUCAACCAACAAACACACAAACACACUCAAGUAUCCACUUACAAUUGGCUCAAUAAUUAUGUUCGAUCAGGGUUGGAAAGAAUUGUGCCGAAUUUUAGCUUUAAUUUUAUUGACACUCGUUAGCCCAAAUACCUUACCGGUACUGAAUCGUGCGAUGUUUUGUUUUAAACCAUUUUAAUUUUUCUACAAGUGUACAGAACGUAAACCGUGUGCUGGGUGGUGGCACACACAACAUACACAGACAUAAAAAUACAGAUAAAAAAUCAUCCGUAAACGCUUACGCUAAGAACUGAAAAGGGAAAGCGUUUGCCGGGAAAGAUCAACCUAGCACGAAGGAAGAGACUUGUAAAAAAUAGAUUUUUAAGAAAAAUUGCAGCAAAAAAAAUACGAAGCAAAGCAGUUAGUAUAGUGUUAAGAACAAGGAAAGAAAAGCAGGUCCUCAUACUCAGAGAAGGACAAGUGAAAGGGUUCAAAUAAAGAAGUUAAAAAUGUUAUUUACAAUCUA